GGUCCCCCAGGAGAGACGUGCGGUACCGUGCGCACGGGUCAGGUUGAGCAGCUCGCGGCGAUACGGGCGCGGCGAACCAGUCCGGUGCGUGCGGACAGUCCGAGUAGUGUUUUAUUCAUUGUGAACCCCCGAGCCAUGGACACCGGCUAGCGGACUAACCGGACAUAUGUACUUCUCAAGCAGCAUGGUUUCCCAGGCGAGACAUUCGGCGGAGGUGGACUGCGGACCUGUAUGCGCCGCCCUCGUCAAGCACGAGCCAGCGUAUGAGGGUGGCUUCUCGCACCACACCGUGGAUUCUCUGUCGCACCACGGCCACCCACUCGCCGCCUCGUCGCCCUCGCCGAUCUCGCUGGCGUCGGUCACGUACUCGCUGGCCAGCAUCAAGACGGAGCACGUCGAGGACCUCCCUUCCGUCCCGCUGCCCGGGGCCGAGGCUCGCGACGAGGCCGACUGCUGCCCCGAGGGCGUCGUGUCGGCGGGCGACUCCGGCAGCGCCAGCCCGCACCAGCACUCGUACAUCUCCAGCUUGCUGCGAGCGGCGCCCUCGCCUACGCUCUACGCGGACAGCCUGAGCCUGAGCCCCGCGAAGGACGUGCCGUCCAGUCGACAGGUGGCGCCUGCGUCCCCCUCCCCGUCGGCCGGCCAGCACCCCCAGCAGCAGCGGCCGCAGCCGAGCAGCGAGCCCGCGUCGCCGGCCGCCGCCGUGGCAGCCGCCCCCGCGGGGGCGGGCCCCGGGCCGAGCCCCGGGCCGGGCGGCCGCGCGUCGCCCAGCUCCUCCUCGUCGAGCUCGGACCCCAACAGCAAGCCGCCGUACUCGUACGUGGCGCUCAUCGCCAUGGCUAUACAGAAGUCGAGCCAGAAGCGCGCCACGCUGUCCGAGAUCUACAACUACAUCACGCACAACUUUCCCUACUACGAGAAGAACAAGAAGGCCUGGCAGAACUCCAUCCGCCACAACCUGUCCCUCAACGAGUGCUUCGUGAAGGUGCCCCGGGAGGGCGGCGGCGAGCGCAAGGGAAACUAUUGGACACUGGACCCACAGUACGAGAACAUGUUCGAGAACGGCAACUACCGUCGCAGGCGACGCAUGAAGCGGCCCUACCGCCCCAGCAACGUGUACUCCAAGGGGCUGUUCCGCGACGGCGCGUACCACCACACCCUGCAGGGCGGGCUCCAGGGCGGGCUGCAGGGUGGCCUGCAGGGCCUGCACCCGGGCGUGGCGGGCGUGCACCACCAGCUCAGCAUGGCGGGCGGGCUGACCUCGGGAUUGUCCGCCAUGACCGGCACCCGCAACCUCUUCUCGCCGCCAGCCUACCCGCCGCCCUACUCGCGCUACGACCCGGCGGCCCCGGGCUGGGGCCUGGGCGGCCUCCAGGGCGGCCUCCAGGGCGGCCUCCAGGGUGGCCUCCAGGGCAGCCUCCAGGGGGGCCUCCAGGGCGGCCUGCAGCCCUCGCAGAUGUCGUACUCGUCCUGCCAGGGCGUGUCCUCCGCGGCCAAGGUGCUGUCCCCGCACUCGUACCCACAGGUGUCCUCGCAGCUCCAGAGCCAGCUGCAGCCCAUGCAGCCCAUGCAGAUCCCCUCCAUGAACUGCUACAACCAGCUGGGCUCCAGCUUGGCCUCGCUGCCCUGCGCAGGUGCGAGCGGAGCCUGCGGAGCACCCAACAUGACAAGUUUUGCUGCUUCCUUUCCGACGUGCGGCCGCAAAUUUGAGCCGACGGGCGCGGACCCCAUGUCGCGGUACCCGUACUGGCCCCCCUCGGAUGUUGGCAAGGAUGACCCCACUCCGCCGUCAGCUUUCUCGGGGGUGGACUUCCGGCCCAAGUGCUUCAUGUGACGGAGCGGGCGACAACGAGUCGACCAUUCCAACCUCAAGACUGAGCUGGCCGGCAUCGCGCCCGCCGCGCCCCGCGCCGUGUGUCUGUGUGUGUGAUAUGUACAGUACCUAGACCUAACGUAAAUUUUAAUCUAGGGGCCCCUCCAUGAUAUGUAUCUGGUCCGAAUGAGAGUGAAUUAGUGUGCGAUCGUGUGUGCGUCUGUGUGUGUUUUUACAAAGUGUUCGAAUGAUCAUGUUUGUGUGAUAUGUGUUUAACAUUAAUGUAGGGGCCUGCAAGUCUAAUUUGAGUGCGAAUGAGAACUAUGGGAGAGUAAUUGAACUAACCAAAGCCAAAGUCUGAAUCGGUUGAUUUUAAUACUGUAAUUAACGACGUUGUUGUAUUUUUUAUUUUUCCCAGAAUUAUACAAAAAAUUGGGCAUGGAACAAAUUGACAAAGAAAAUUUUUGCUGUACUCAUGAAAAAACUAAGGUGCUAUUUUGAACGUUUUAAGAAGAUAUGCUUUAAUUUGUUUACAAAGGCACUAAAUUGCCUGAAGAGUGCUAAAUUUAGUACCUUUGGGGUGAGUUUUUCAGAGGCACUAAAACAAUAUCACCAGAAGAAGAUAUGCUGUAUCCUCCGCUGUAUCGCUUUUUCGUUUUUCCAGUGGUGUUAAAUAUGUAUGUGUUGGUUGUAUUUUAUAGUUGUAACACAGGCAGAUUGAAAGACUUAAGUUUUGCCUCAUUUUUAAUAUAGUUUCAAUCCAGUCGUGGAUUAGCAGCUGGCACGGAAAGUGAAGAAGGAGGCCUGAGCUAGUUAGUGUUUUAUCCAAUGUCAUCUCUUGGGAAAAGCACCAUCGAAAAAGCACUUUUGUUUCCAUUAGGCAAAUGGCUAAUCUAUUUAUGGGUGUUUUUGAAUUUUAAUUUCUUUGGAUCGUUUUCGGUAAAUGAUUUUAACAAAAGGUUCUGUUGCCUCUCGUUCCGAUUCUUCUUUUUAUUUUUCAGUGCUACCCCCACGAGGUGUGGGUGGAGGUCAGGGUCAAUAAAAAUUACCCCCUUAACAAACGUUUAUUUUCUCUUGUUAUCUCUUUGUAAAAAAUAAAAAUGUUUAUAUAAAACUGACCCUCUGAUAUAAAUACAAAAAUAAUAAUUCUAUAAGAUGUUUCAA